AAAUAAAACCGGACAUGGAAAUGGAGAUAGUGGAUGGGAUUUGACUGUACAACAUCUUGGUUGUACAGUAUUAAUUCAAUGUAAAAAACAUAAAAGAGGAGUUGGCAUUGAGUAUGCAGAUGAGGAAGUGGCAGAAUCUCCUUAUCUGAUCAAAUUAACAAAAGUAAAUGAAAAAGAAAAUAAGAUAGUCAAAGAUCUUGAAGAUUUUGUCGCUCUCAAUCUGCAUGUUCUUGUAGAAAGAGAAGGUAUCGAAGUUGUUCUAUGUAAUGCAGUAAUGGUAACAAAUAAACGAAUAGAAGAGUUGGAUAAAAAAUGA